CUCUCAACUACUCUCUCACAUUUUCUUGGAUUCUAUUAGGCAUGUCAACCUCUUCAUGUUACAAGGUGAUGAGGCGAUCACCGGAGUUAAUAACUCCGGCAAAACCGACUCCUUGUGGGUACAAACUUCUGUCAGAUAUUGAUGAUCAACAGAGUCUUCGGUUCCAGCUCCCCAUGAUACAGUUUUAUAGUAAAAAUGAGGGGGUGAUGGGAAAGGAUGUUGAUCCUGUGAGUGUUAUAAGGGUGGCAUUAGCGAAAACGCUUGUGUUUUAUUAUCCUUUUGCUGGCAGGCUCCGAGAAGGAGCUGGCGGGAAGCUUAUGGUGGAAUGCAGUGGCGAGGGAGUUUUGUUUGUUGAGGCUGAUGCGGAUGUUGCACUUGAGCACUUUGGUGAUCCGGUUAUGCCCCCGUUUCCUUGUUAUCAACAACUGCUUUUUGAUGUUCCGGGCUCUAGUGGGAUUCUUGAUUGUCCUAUUAUACUUAUGCAGGUGACUCGUUUCAAAUGCGGAGGAUUCACACUCGCUCUGCGCCUAAACCACACCAUGUGCGACGUGGCAGGAAUCGUCCAAUUCAUGACAGCAUUAAGCGAGAUAGCCAGAGGCGCCGACGCCCCGUCCGUGCCACCAGUAUGGCAAAGGGAGCUCCUCAAUGCCAGAGACUCCCUUCGAGUCACCUACACACACCACGAAUACGAUGAACCGAUCGGCACCGAGGGGCCGAUAAUCCCCUUCGAAAUACUCGAACAUCGUUACUUCUUCUUCGGUCCUGCUGAAAUCCGCGCACUACGACGAUACCUUCCGUACAAUCUCACCAAAUGCUCCACUUUCGAAGUCCUCACGGCUAGCCUCUGGCGAUGCCGCACAAUUGCUCUCCACGUCGAUCCCGAGGAGGACGUGCGCGUAAUAUGUCUUGUAAAUGCCCGCGGAUCAUUUGAUCCGCCUCUGCCGAAUGGCUACUACGGAAACACAUUCGCGUUUCCAGUAGCCAUCGCAAAAGCGAAAAAUAUAACAUCUAAUCACUCACUUGAAUACGCGGUGAAACUGAUCAAAAAGGCCAAGGCGGAUGUUACUGAAGAGUAUAUGAGAUCAGUGGCGGAUCUGAUGGUCAUGAAAAACCGGCCUCAUUUCACGCUGCAUAAUACAUUUCUAGUGUCGAAUGUGACGCGAACCGGGUUCGGAGAUGUGGAUUUAGGUUGGGGGAAAGCGGUUUAUACCGGUCUGCUUCCGGUAAUGGCAAGUUUUUAUGUACCUUUCAAGAACAAAAAGGGUGAAAAUGGAAUACUGGUGCCUAUUUGUCUUCCCAAUUUUAUGAUGGACACAUUUGCGAGGGAACUUGAUAGCAUGUUGCAGAACAAUGAGGAGUUGGCUACAGAAGUAACUUUACCGUAUAUCAAGUCAUCUCUUUAAGUAAUCUAUAGUUUAAGUGUAGGUCAUCAUUGACUCAUUGUGAUCAAGUAUUGAAAGUUUUAUUUUGUGUUUAGCGGUUUUUCAUUAUUCAGGCUUUUAAAUGGUGUGAUUGUACUUCCGGGAUGUUAGAUAUGAGUUGCACAAACA